AAUAAAAAUCCUUUUUGUUGUGUUGCCGUGUUCUUUGUAGAAUAGCUCUCUGUCCCCUAAAAUAAUUAAAAUACAAUGGAUAAACUCUUUCAAGUUAUUUUGUUGCUCGUCAGCGUGUAUUUAACAAUUGCAUCGACCAAAUAUCAAGCGUGCAAUAUACACAAAUUGGACUGCCCCCUGCAUUCAAUUUGCUCGCAACUAAACGAAAAUGACGACGGCGAGUGCAGGUGCCCCCAGCACUUCGAAAUGAACCCGCAUAGCACUGGCCCCUCGGAUUACUGUGUGGAAGACGAGAAUAGCAUAGGCGAUGGAUCGGCAGCAAUCAGCAGUAGCUUAGGCAGCAAUAAGGGCAGCAAGACGGUUGUGCAUAUACAGCCGCCGCCAGAAUCGCAUCAUGUUGCGAUUGGAAUUUUUGUGCCGAUACUGCUGGUUGUGCUGGUUAUGGGAGCUGUGUAUGGUAUUAAAAGAUUCCAUCCAGUGCGGCGAUUGAGGGAGUAUGUCAUCAGUCGGCGGCGUAAUCGACCGCUUUAUGAGGAUGUGAUGAUGACACAGGAACUUGAAGACCCGCCAUUGAUGUAAAAUAAAUAAUGGUUUUCACAGAUCUCUCCUGCUUGAAGUGUGACGAAAAUAGGCAAUCAAAGACAAACAACUUCUGUUCUUGCCAAAAAAGGACUUAACAAGAAAUUAAAAAAAACAUGCACCAGAAAAAAUAACUCACAUCUUUAAGAAAAAAAGCUAUUUCCAACCACAAAUUCACCAAAAAUCAAGACUGUAUGUUUCCACAACUAUAAAAAUACCAUGUGGAUCAUAAAAUAUGUCUUUCAAUGUAAUACUUAUAUUUUAUUUGUUUUUAAAUAGGAAACUGAUUUAAUUUUUUUCUAGUCUAAGUAUCCUCGUUAGAAAAGAAAGAAAGAAGAAAAUAGAAACAAUGGUAUCGCGCAUUCACAGAAAAAUAAAAUAAAACAACCAAACUAUGACGAUGACCAAACUUUAAUUAAACAAUUUAAUAAAAUUUAAGAAAAAUUGAUAGCCUCUUACACAAUUAGACGAAAUAUAAAAACAAAAAAGAAAUAAAAUAAUUAAUAAUAAUAAUAAUUUUUGUUGCAUCUACAUAUCGAACUAAAAACUAAAAAUAACAAAAGAAAACUUUAUGAACAAAUAACUGUAAAUAAAUAAAAAGUGAAUGUGUGUAAUCAAGUAGAAAAUACAAAUAUUAUUAUUUAUAAGUAUAAAUAAUGUGUAAAAGACUCCUUUGUAUAAAUUAAAUGGUUGUAAAGAAAAUGUAUUAGAAACACACAUAAUGAUGUCAUAUCAGUUUAUAAAUGUAUCAUCAUUGUGUCCAUAAUAUUUAUAAAUGUUUAAUAUUUCGUUUCUUUUUACGAAAUGGUUUCUCGUCUUUUAUUUAUGUUAAUAUAUAUUAUUAUUUUUUUUUUUAAUUUUGUAGAAUUAAAUUGUUUUGUUACUGAUUAGAGUGAUUUAAUUUAACUAAGAAUUUGAGGUGUGUUUUUUUAUGUACAUGAAUUAGAGUGUUCGUUGAAAAAAAGAAAGAAAAAGAGUAAAGUAAAAGUUUAUAUUGGAUGGGCCUAAAUGAGCUUCUAAUAAAUGAAAACAAUAUUAUUUUAUUUAUUAUUUUUUUCUAAGAGAGGAAUUGAAUUUAUGUGCAAUAAUCAGCUAGAUUCUAAAAUAUACAUUUUCACUAAAAAUAAAAUCGAAAUCGACUCAAAAUUGAA